AUCUACGGUUCUCUUUUAAAUAUACAUUUUUAUUUCAUGUCAAAUGACCGAAACAGAUCUGUUUAUAUUUUGUGCAAAAAAAACAUUAAACGCACACAACUGAUUAGAUUCAUCAUCCAUGGGUACACGCCUUUGUUUUCCUGGCCAAUGAGAGUCGAAUGCGCUGUGAUUAGCACCUGAUUAGCACGACCCAGACCAGGACAGAUUUUAAUGCUAGAAUUGUUUUUGUUGUCUCGAUCUGUGAGGUGAGUCUCCGUUUACGUUUGAGUUCUGGUUGAAUUUGGUGACCUCCAUAGACCACUUUAUCAACACCCAAACCAAAACACUGACACAAUCGAAACCCCUGAUUUAUGUAUCAAUAAAGCAGGGAGAGAAGAGGCAUAGGAUUGCAGAAUAUUAAAAGGAGGUUUACUCCACUCCACUUCAUCGCCAUGGAUCUCUCCCUUUCACCCUCUGUUUCUGACACUGUCUGUGUGCUCUGGGGCUGUGAGCUGAAUGACACCCAGAGAAAGGCAGUGUUUGAAAUAGCGGAGGAUUUGUUGGAGCAUCAGUUCUUUAUCCGAACGAUGUGUCUGAGUGCAGAGGCCAGUAACGAGAUGCAUGUGGUGGAGGUACAGGACAGAGUUGGGGAAUGCUGCAAGCCAGUGCCCAUUGCCACUCUUCACCCUAUGUGCCAACCUAUGGUCAGUUUCAGUGGGUUUGAGCUCAUCCCACCUGUCAUCUUCAACCUUCGCUCUGGGCAGGGCCCCCUCUUCAUUUCUGGGCAGCAUUUGACAUUGGUCUAUGAGGAGGAGGAGGAGGAGAAGGAGGAGGUCUUCUCAUCAACACCCCCACUUGAUCACAGUGUUCUUCAAUAACAUGAUCAAAUUUGAAGGACUUCAAUAAAACACAGCACAAAAAGUA